AGAAAACAACUACCAUUCCUUCAACAAUAAGCAUCACACACACUCGGAGAUAUUCACAUAUCCUUCAUCCCUCGAAGUAUCUAGCCACUCCCCUCUCCUUCUCCAAUCCCACCCAUCGAAUAUUUAAUCAACAGUUACUUCACAGGUUCUUCAUUCCCCCCUUUUCCACUCUAAAAUUGAUAAAAAAACUUCCAUAGUUUAGAGGCUUUUUUAUCUGUUGUGUAUUAGCCUUCUGGGGUGAGUUUUUAUAGGUUUUACAGCUGUUUAUGUUGUUUCUUUGAGGUUUUAGAUUGUCAGGGUUAAUGGGCUAUGCUUGGUUUGGCUUUUAAGCAAGCAAGUUAUUUUCUUUUUAGUGUAAGAAAGCUCUGUUUAUUUGUGUAAUUAUAAUUACUGCUGUGUAAAUUUUGUGUACGGUUCUCUAGGGACUGGAUUAGGUGAAAUUUAGUUUAGAUUCGAGUUGAAAUUUGUUGGUGGGUUUGCCUAUUUUGAGAACUGGUAAACAUGGCGGAUUCAGUUGCUGCAGCAUCUCUUAUUGGAUAUAGGCCACUGUGUGGGGGAUUGUCUGUCAAGGAUACGUCUUACAGGAGAAAGUCUUUGAUUAGUUGUCGGUGUCCGAUAAAAGAAGCCGUGGGUAAAAGGGUUAUUUAUUCUUCUCCUAUGUUGCCAAGAUUGACAAUUGAUAGGUUAGUUAAUACCUCAAUUAAGGCUCUGGCAACAGAGCUUACGAAAGAGGUGCACUCAUACAGGGAGGAAGAGAGAAUACCACGGACUUGGAAUUACCGAGUUGAUACUGGUGUUGAUAGAAAACCAGGUUUGUGGCCACCAGAGAACAGAGCGGAUAAUGCUUUGUUGCAUAACCCCUUGAUUCGACAAGAAAGGAUGGGUUGCAGUUGGCUGGGUGCUAUAUUUGAGUGGGAGGGUGUGAUAAUUGAGGACAAUCCUGAUCUCGAGAGGCAAGCUUGGCUUGCUCUUUCCCGAGAAGAAGGAAAACCCACUCCUCCAGCUUUUAUUUUGAGACGAGUAGACGGGAUGAAGAAUGAACAAGCGAUCUCUGAAGUCUUGUGUUGGUCGAGAGACCCGCCAGAGAUGAAAAGAAUGGCUACAAGGAAGGAAGAAAUCUACCAAUCUCUUCAAGGUGGGAUAUACAGAUUACGAACUGGCUCAAAGGAGUUUGUGAAUAUUUUGAUGCAUUACAAGAUACCAAUGGCAUUGGUUUCCACACGUCCAAGAAAAACUCUCGAGAAUGCAAUUGGAACCGUCGGGAUUGAAGGGUAUUUCACUGCUAUUGUAGCAGCAGAAGAUGUUCACAGGGGGAAGCCUGAUCCGGAGAUGUUUAUUUAUGCAGCCCAGCUUCUAAACUUUAUACCACAGCGCUGUAUUGUGUUUGGGAACUCUAAUCAAACCGUGGAGGCUGCACACGAUGCUUUUAUGAAGUGUGUUGCUAUUGCUAGUAAGCAUCCCGUGUAUGAGCUUGGUGCUGCAGACUUGGUGGUGAGGAAACUAGAUGAACUUUCAAUUGUUGAUCUGAAGAAUCUUGCUGAUAUUGAAUCGCCAGAAUUUGGGCCUGUUGAGCUAGAGACGGAGCUGGAGCCUGAGGAGGAUUAAGAUCGAUCUACCUCAGCGGGAGUUGAUGAUAUUUUCUGGUAACUCUUAUGAAUUGUACAGUUUAUUUUGUGCUUUAUCCAAUUCUUGAUGAAAAUAGUUCUAUAUCGCCCCCCCAGAAUCACCGCAAACUGGCGAAUCCCUUGCCGUGUAGAAGGGAUAAAAAAAAUAUUAAAAGUAGAAAGAGGGAAAUAGAAGAAAAGGUCAAAAAAAGAAGGAAAAAAAAAUGGUGGUCUACAUUGGACUAGAAUUACAUUAUGAUGUAUCACCCGUACAAUGUAUAUAGUUGUGCUAUCAAUAAUUUGUUUGCGGUGCUUCUUUCUGUUUCUGUUCGAACCUUUAGAAUCAAUUCAACUAUACAUAUAAGAAUCAUUAAGAUCA